UAUAUUAUAUAUAUAUAUAUUCAUUAUAUAUAUAUAUAUAAAUACAACUACACACAAAUACUACCUCACUCUUAAACUCCUGUACAUAUUUACAUACACACACACACACAUUUAUAUAUACGCAUAUACAGAAUAACCAGACGAAAAGACAACCUUCCAAGAACCUCUCUCAUUUCGACUAUUUCAGUUUAUAGCAACAACAACAACAAAAGGUCAUCUUUAAAGUAAAUAAUAAUGGGAGCCGUGUGUUGCAAUGAGCAAUUGAUCGACUUGGAUGGAGAAGUCGAUCUUUCGCACUUUGUUCUCUUGCGCUCUGUUGGCAAAGGAGCAUUCGGAAAAGUUCGAGUAGUUCAGCACAGAGGCACCAAAGAAUUAUUUGCACUCAAGUACAUCAACAAAGCAAAAUGUAUACAGAUGAAAGCCGUGGACAAUAUUAUAUCCGAGCGACGCCUGCUAGAACAAAUCACAUCCAAUGUCGUCGUCAACCUACGCUAUGCCUUUCAGGACGACAAGAACAUGUUUAUGGUUCUGGAUCUUAUGCUUGGAGGAGAUCUCCGAUUCCAUCUCGAGAGAUUCGGUACCAUGCCCGAAGAACGUGUUCGCUUUUACGCAGCCGAGAUAUCUCUUGGACUAAAUUAUCUUCACAGCAAAAACAUUGUUCACAGAGAUAUCAAACCAGAUAACAUCUUACUAGAUGAACAAGGCCACGCUUAUCUCACAGACUUCAAUAUCGCAGUUCAGUACACCGAAGGCAAACAAUUGACCUCAAUUGCAGGUUCAAUGGCAUACAUGGCACCAGAAGUACUUCAAAAGAGAGGAUAUUAUGCAUCGGUUGAUUGGUGGUCUCUUGGUGUGAUGUGUUACGAACUUUUGUUUGGCAAGCGACCGUUUCGCGGGAAAUCAAAUGAUAUGCUCCACCGUGCAAUUCUCUAUGAACAAUUGGUUAUUUUAGAGCAGAAAGACGUAUCUCCUGAGGCAGUUGAUUUUGUAAAGGGACUCUUGACACGCGAUAUUGAUUCAAGACUGGGUGUAAAAGAAAAAGGGUUUAAUGCACUCUUGGCUCAUCCCUGGUUUACUGGACUUGACUGGGAAGCCCUAAAAUCCAAAACUGCAAUCCCGCCUUUUAUUCCUGACAGUAAACGUGCAAACUUUGAUCCAACUCAUGAAUUGGAAGAGAUCUUGAUGGAAGAUUAUCCAUUAAAAGUACGCAGACGCAAUCCAAAACGUACGAUCAGUCCAGAGGAACAAGUGAUGGAAGAAAAGUUCCUGACCUACGAUUAUACGCGC